ACACAAACUUCAGGGCCCCCUCGUGUCACUCGUGCACAUUAUAAAUUCUUUGAAAGUUACGUGAAUCUCUAAUUAUUAAAAUUUUGUUUUUCUUUUUUUUACAGGAAUUAUACAUUUCUUAAUGCUAAGUUCAAGUUGCUUACUAGUAAACGUGUGUCCCCCUCAACGUCAGUGAGUUACUAAUAUCAUGCAACUCUUAUUAUUUUCCUAUAUGCAUGCCUGCAUGCAUAUAUUUGACCAAGUGUGAAGAGGAGCUUUAGUUUCAUAGAGAGGGAGAAAGAGGCAUGCAUGGGAAUUAAGAACUCCAGCUUUCAGGUACUUUUCCUUUAAUUUUAUUGCUUCAACAUUAUCACCAACUAUGUACUGCUUACUUAUAAUUAUUACCUUCGUUUUAAAAAAAGGAUUUUUUGUCAUUUAACACCUUAAAAAAACUAGUUUUUGUAAUUUAACACCUUACUUAUUUUUUAUUGUUUUUAAACACCUUAAAAAACAAAAAAAUUUAGAAAUCAACACCACUUGACAAUUUUUGUUAGAAAAAAUAUUAGUUUUUAACUAUGCUAAAGUUCCCAAGGCAUGAUAUGGUGGUAAACAACUCCUUCUACCAUCAAAUUAUGCUUUGGAAGUAUAGCAUGAUUAAAAAUCAACGUUUUUUUCUUAUGGAAAUCGUUAAGCGGUGUUGAUUUAUAAAUUUUUAGAUUUUUAAGGUGUUUAAAUAUAAUAAAAAAAAUAAGUAAGGUGUUUAAUUACAAAAACUAAUUUUUUUAAGGUGUUAAAUGACAAAAAAUCCUUAAAAAAAUCUUUACAUUUACUAUAUUGCACAAAUAUUAAGACAAAAUGGACGAAAAUGUAUAUGUGGGAAAUUUCGUAGUAAACAUGUUCACCUCGAUCAUGGUCACUUACCCACUAGUUUAUUUUAAUAUAUGUACGAUUAUUUUUCCUUUUCUUUUAAUUUUAAUUAACACAAUGUUAUGAUAGACGGAAAAAUUUACAAUACAUGGGGAACUUCUUAUUUGGUGGAGUUGAUGGAAAAUUGACCCUAUAAAUUAGAGGUCCAUCACCAGAUUAAGUCUCAUCAAUUGCAUUAUAUAUGCUUAGAAGUGAGGAUUCUCCUUACCAUUCCUCUACUAUCAAGUGUUGAUGUGUCAUGUGUUUAGCUAUCCGACUGGCGUGAGAUAGUUGCUGGUUCAACAAGGUAAUGAAGAUGGAGAAAUAAUUCCAUCUUUUUUAACUAUUGUUUGGAUCUGAAAAAAGACGCUUACAUUUCCAUUUUCAGGUAUAAUUGUGGUGUAAUACUUCCUCCAUUUUUUUUUAAUUGCACCAUUUGGGAUUUCACGCUUGCCAAUGCACUAUUUUAAUCACUAAUAUCUCUCAUUAUACAUUUUAAAAAAUUAUAAAAAUUUGAUAAUUUGAAAGUAUAUUUCGAGACGAAUCUAACAAGAUCCCACAUGAAUAUAUUUUUCCUUACAUAUAAAUCACAAAAAAUAACUAUAUAAGAAUAUGUGAAUAGUGCUAAAACCAAGAUGGUGCAAUUAUUAAAAAAUGGAGGAAGUACAAGACUAUUUUCAAGUGCAAAGAGAAGCUUAAAUUUCAUACGUAGAGACAUGGGGGAAGAAUCGUAUCCAAUGAAGGGAGGGGAUGGCAGUUUCAGCUACACCAAAAACUCCAACUUUCAGAAACAUGCUACAAGUGCAGUAAAAGGGCUAAUUUGCUGGGCAAUCACAGAGAAAUUUGAUCUCUUUCCAAUGACUUCCACAACACCAUCAUCAACCCCAACAAUCCUCCGUUUAGCUGACCUUGGAUGCUCAGUAGGCCCGAAUACAUUCACCGCAAUGCAAAAUGUGAUAGACACAAUCAAAUCCAAAUUACCCAAAUCUUCAUCUUUCCAAAACCCACAAUUUCAAGUCUUCUUUAACGACCAUGUAGGGAAUGAUUUCAACACCCUCUUCACUUCCAUCCCUUUUGAUUGUACCUACUUCUCGUCAGCCGGUGUGCCUGGUUCUUUCUAUGGUCGUCUCUUUCCUGACUCAUCCCUCCACUUGAUCCACUCAUCAUAUGCUCUACAAUGGCUGUCUAAGGUACCUAAGGAGUUACUUAACAAGGAUUCCGAGGCGUGGAAUAGUGGGAGGAUACACUAUACUAGUGCUUUACAAGGUGUUGUGGAUGCUUAUGCAAGGCAGUUUUCUGUAGACAUAAUGGAGUUGUUUUUGGAGGAAAGAGCAAGAGAACUCGUAGUUGGAGGGAUGAUGGUACUCAUUAUGCCUUGUAUUCCAGAUGAAACUGUGCCUCAUUCCCAGGUUCCUGCUGGUAUCAUGUUCGACCUCUUGGGGGAUUCCCCACUAGAUAUGGCGGAAGCUGGAGUUAUAAGUUACGAACAAGUAGACUCCUUCAACUUGCCAAUUUAUGAUGUUUCACCGAUGGAGAUGGAAGUGUUAGUGAAGAAGAAUGGGAGAUUUAGCAUUGAAAGGAUGGAGUUAACUGACCUAAUUUCAGCAGUAAAGUAAACGAAAAGGAGGGUGGAUCGGAGACACUUGAGAGCUGGACGUCUGGAAGGAAUUUUGUCAAAGCAUUUUGGGGUUGAGAUAAUGGAUCAACUUUUUGAUAGGUUUUCUCAGAAGACAGAGGAGUUUUCUAAGAGGUUCAGUUCAUGUACUAAGAAAGGGACUCAGUUGUUCAUUGUCCUUGUCAAAAGGAAAUAGAGAGAAAUUAAACAGUAAAGGGAAACAGAAGGAUAAUAAAUAAAAGGCAAAUUUGCUAAAAAUAACCUUUAUAACCCAAAUUUUGCGAGAAAGAAGCUUAUAUAAUUCUUUUUGUCAAAUUACACCUUACAGUAAAAAAAAUUUGCGAGAAAUGAACUUAUAUAAUUUUUUUUUUGUGAAAUCACACCUUAAUGUAAAUUUUUUUUGCGAAAGACAACCAAAAGUAAGUUUUCGACAUUAACUGAGUUUUUCCAGCCAUUGACUUGUACGUGAGAAGCAUAUGUGACUUUAUUUUGCUAACCAUACCCAAUUUUGCUCCAAAAUUCUAAGCUUUAAAACCUAAAGUUGAAAAAAAAAUCGAAAUAAAAUCAAGUUUGAAAAUUCAAGACUCGGAAAAAUCAGUGUCUUUAGCCAACUUAAGCUACACGUGCUGCUCACGUGCAACUCAAUGGUCAGAAAAUCUCAAUCAAUGCCGAAAACUUCCCUUAGGUCCUUUCUCGCAAAAAUAAUUAUUUUAAGGUGUGAUUUCACAAAAAAAGUUAUAUGAGAUCAUUUCUUGCAAAAUUUGAGUUAUUAAAUGUACUUUUUGGCAAAUUCGCCUAAAUAAAAUCCCUCCAAAAUUGGAGACGUUUGGAGGGGUAUUGUAGCUCCACCCUCUCCAUCCCUUUCUUUAGGAAAUGUAUUUAUCAAUAAUUGGGAUUUGUGAAUGGUGUAAAUGACAUGGUAUUUUCGUAAUUAAAUUGGUAAGAAAAAUAAAAUAAAAGGUGGAAAUAAAAAAGUGAAUCAAUGAAUAAAAUUUGAGAUUAAAUAAAUAAACUUUGAGAUUUAUCAAAAAAAAUUGAUCUUAAAUAAACAAAAAUUGAAUUUAAAUGUAUAUAUUGAAAGUUAAUGUAUUUAAGGUUCUGUCAUGUUAUUUAUACUAUUCAUCAAUAAUAGUUACGGAGUAUUGAUUUGGAAUCACCCCUUUCUUUUCCUUCUCAUUCCUCCUUUUUCAUUCAUGUCUAUCUCGCUAUCCAAACAAAGGGGUAGUGUUUGUAAUUUCUCUGUACUUUAUUUAUACUUGCAGAGUAAUUUUAAUAUGUUAGCUAAAAAGUAAAAACUUGCCUUGAUAUCGUUCUACGGCUUAAUCUUUU